UUGAUUUUUUUUUUUGUAAUAUUGAUCUCUAAGUCUUGAAAUGUCGAGUCCGUCGGAUCGCUUAGCGAGGCCUUGUCCUGAGGGGUUCUCUAGUAAUGAAGAGAAAAGAGAGCGGAAAUCGGAUUUUGAGAACUCAGAGGAAGAAAGGAAGACUAGAAUUGGGAGUUUGAAAAGGAAAGCAAUGAAGGCGUCUAGUAAAUUCAGGCGUUCUCUGACGAAAAGCAAGAAAAAAGGUACUGGUGGCUACAGUGGUGGCGAAGGGGUUUCUGCUGCAAUUGAGGAUGUUCGAGAUGUUAAGGAGCUUCGGGUUGUAGAUUCAUUUAAACAGUUACUUUUGGCGGACGAUUUGCUUCCUGCUAGACAUGAUGAUUAUCAUAUGUUAUUGAGGUUCUUAAAAGCAAGGAACUUUGAUGUUGAGAAAGCCAAACAGAUGUGGGCCAACAUGCUACAGUGGAGGAAAGACUUCGGUACCGACACAAUUUUGGAGGAUUUCGAGUUCACGGAGUUGAAAGAAGUUCUAAAGUACUACCCUCAGGGUUAUCAUGGUGUAGAUAAGGAUGGGAGCCCCGUUUACAUCGAAAGACUUGGAAAAGCUGAUUCCAGCAAACUUAUGGAAGUGACCACUUUAGACAGAUAUUUGAGAUAUCACGUGCAGGAGUUUGAAAAGACAUUCGCGAUUAAGUUUCCAGCUUGCUCCAUUGCCGCAAAGAGACACAUAGAUUCAAGUACAACUAUUUUGGAUGUGCAAGGACUUGGUUUUAAAAACUUCACCAAGUCUGCACGAGAACUCAUCAUUCAGCUCCAGAAGAUUGAUGGUGACAACUAUCCUGAGACACUUUGCAGAAUGUUUGUCAUUAAUGCUGGUCCUGGUUUUAAGCUGCUCUGGAAAACAGUGAAAUCUUUUCUCGAUCCCCACACAGUUUCCAAGAUUUAUGUUCUUGGUAACAAGUACCAGAGCAAGUUGCUCGAAAUAAUAGGCUCUAGUGAGUUGCCCGAGUUUCUAGGUGGUAGCUGUACUUGUACUGAUCAGGGAGGCUGUAUGAGAUCUGACAAGGGGCCGUGGAAAGAUCCAAACAUUUUAAAGAUGGUUCACACUGGUGAAGCACAAUAUUCCGGACAAAUAGCAACUAUUUCAAAUACUGAGGGCAGGGUAAUUGCUUAUGACAAGCCAUUCUAUCCAAUAAUAAAAACAAGUGAUACUUCCACUGCUGAGUCGGGAUCUGAAGUGGAAGAUGUUGGCUCUCCGAAGCCAACUGGGAGCUAUUUACUGCCAAGCCUGGUUCCUGUCUCUGAAGAAGCUAGGGUGGCUGGUAAGACGAGUGCUGCCAUUUUCCCUGAUAACGAUGGAUAUAUACCUAUGAUUGACAAGACAGUGGAUGCUGAAUUUCAAGAUUCAUCUACUUCCACAGGCACACCUUCUCUGUUAAGUGUAGAGAAGAUUUCAGAAGGAAUCUCUGCUCGUACCUGGGCUGUGCUUGUGGCCUUCUUCAUAACCCUUCUUGCUUUCUUCUAUGCAUUUUGGAAGGCCAAGAAACACUCUGCAUCUGAUUCUGCCAGUGACAUUACCGACCUGACUUUUGAAUUGGCGCCAAAGGAGGAAUUCCGACCCCCUUCUCCCAUUCCAGGGUUUACAGAGGCAGACCUUCUUUCAUCUGUCAUGAAAAGGCUGGGUGAACUUGAGCAGAAGGUUGACACAUUACAGACAACACCUUUCCAGAUGCCUUUUGAAAAGGAGGAGCUACUUAAUGGUGCUGUUUAUCGUGUGGAUGCAUUAGAAGCAGAGCUAAUUGCAACGAAAAAGGCUUUGCACGAAGCCUUGAUCAGGCUAGAAGAACUUCUUGCAUAUGUAGAUGGUUGUGAAAAGGCAAGUUUUCAGAAAAAGAAGUUUCGCUGGUGAAGAGGUUUCUGCACAGGAGGAAUUUAUGUUGAUACCUUCGUUAAUUUCCAUAAUUAAUAUUCCACAGAUAUACAAGGAAGGUCCUUAUGCGUGGACUGUGGAGAGAUGCAAUUUUUGGAUGCACGUUGAGUAAAUAAGAGGAGAGGCCAAUUUUAGCUUAAUUGGCGUGUUGCUGUUAAGAGAAGAUACCAGAAAUAGAAGCGCUUUCCUGGCAUUUUGUCUAUUCUACGUGAAAUUGAAAUGCAAGCCUGUGGUGUUUAUUACUGAGAAUUUGCAUCAGGAGGCACAGACCAUUACUUGGGCAAGUAGCGUUGUGCCUUGUUUAUUAUAAAAAAAAAUAAUUACACCUGAAGUCUUUUCACAUAUAGUUAGGGAAGUGCAAGGGAUGUGAACACUGACCAAGAGGAAGAGAGGGAGAAGCAGCAAGCACAUGUCGAAACCCAUGUGCAAUUGCACAGGAGAUUUUGGAGAAAGCAUGCUGCAAUCAAGCAGACAAUCACAAUCAAAAUGAGGAACUUACACGACUAGUUUCAGACGUUAAACCAAUGCUUAUCAGCUUUCAAUUAUUCCUGCUAGUUUCAGAUGUUUCCUUGUCAUGGAGGAACUUGAUUAGUCCAUGAAGUGCAACUUCUGGAUCCUCGCUUUUCAUCAGCUCUCCAGCAACUUCUGCAGGUGUAGCCUCUACUUUCUCUAUCAGCUCCUUAAUUUUUCCGAAUAAGGGGUGCUCUUGAAGACGCAAAUAAUUAAA